CCCUGCCAGUCAGGGAUGUGGGAUGCCGACCGCUAUUCCUGCCCAGACACACACCUCCGGAUGCUUCUGUGCUCUGAAAUCCACUUAACCGAUGGAAGCGAGUCCCAUCGUGACGUCCAAGCAGCGAGAGGAGGUGGUACACGGGGUCCCGACGGAGGUGGUGUGCACGGCGUUCUCCAACUCCGUCCUCGUGGUAGUCACGCAGUACGGCAAGAUGGGGACAAUCGUCUACGUGGACCCCAACACAAUCGGUGACAACGUGGGCAGGCCCUCGCUCACCACAAAGGUGCUCCUGGGCAAGGAUGAGCCCCUCGUCCAUGUUUGUGCCAAAAAUCUGGUGUCGUUCGUAUCUCAGGAAGCUGGGAACAAACCCGUUCUUCUCGCCAUGGCUUUAAAGGACAAGACCAUGGAAGGAAUACAAGCUCUACGGGAAGUGAUCCGAAGUUGCCAAGUGUGGUGAAGUUGUGCCAUCUGGAUUCAAGGAAAUGAUCUUGAGUCCAUGACUCAUCGCCACUUAUUUAAAAGGACAAGAAAUGAAAAUGAUGGAAUGUCUUUGUGCUGGUUUUGGAUGUACUGAGGAAUUUCAUGAAUUUUUCUCUACUGUGUAGAACGUUUGUGGGUUCUGUUACUGUGACAGGUUUGCAGUCCAUACAGUCAGUGAUGAGACGGGUACAAUUGUCUCAACAUACAGGAGUAUUAUUUUUAUUACACUGGGUAGGAUAUAUACUUGGGAAAGGGCAUGGCUCUGCGUUUGUGUCCUGAGGAGCGAUAGAUGCCAAGCUCUGUAGCUACGCUGUACCGCAAAGGGGGAACACCCAGUGCAGAGUGAAUAAAAGAAACAUUGACAAAUCUAAUUUUACCUGUUUUCUUUUUUGCUCCAUGAAAAUCACUUCAAUUGAAAUACAACCCUCAGUAAGAAAUCAGCAGCAAUUGCAUAAUAGGAAAGAUUUUCUUGCCUGUUUUUAAGGAAAUGAGUCCUAUAUGACUGCUUUUGUCCUUAUGUCUGUCCCUUUCCUAAUGUAGUCUGAAUCCAUUUUCCACUUUCACUCCGAUUUUAAAGCGAGGCAGAUAAUUACGCUCUGCAAAUUUCAUGAAAGCUGACGUCAGGGUGGAAGACAGGAACCCAAAUUAGCAGUGAGAAAAAGACAAAAUAACAGCUUAUGGAUUGCGUGGUACCAGGACAUGGGAGAGGCAGCACACACGUAGCUUGGGCCACAGGAGAGCUGUCCCUCUCCUGGAGCACCUGUUGUAGGAGACAUGGGGACAGAAGGGUUUGGGGGGUUACACCGGCCUGUUUCUUCUGAGU